AUGGACGGACUCACAGCAUCGGAACAGCAGGAGCUCCAGAAGCGCAUGGAGAAAAAGCAGAUCAAGGAAUUUAUGGGGGUACUUCAAUUUCCCCUUAUACAGAUCAAGUUUGUAGAGCUGUGGCUAACCGCCGGACUCCCCCAGGCUUACUCUAUGAUUGUCCAACGCUGCUUCGAAGACUGCAUCAGCGACUUCACUACUAAAUCUCUUAUUUCGCGAGAAGAAGGCUGCGUUAAUCGAUGCUUUGACAAAUACAUGAAGACUGCUGAGCGAGUCAACCAGCGAUUCCAGGAGCAAGGAAAUGAGAUGAUGCAGGCUGGGCAGAUUCCCGGCAAAUGA